AAUAAUUGAAGAUGACUUGCUUGUUAUCUUUAUAUUUACGGCUUCAAUCGCCAUUUAGACCUUACUCAAUUUCUCCUGGAUUCAUUACUUGAGCGAAUUCCUUCCCAAUAACACCAAAGAACACGACAAAAUGCCUUCCGCGAUCACGAUCAAGCAAGUUCCCGGCAAACCAGGACAAGUGUAUUAUCCUCUCGAAAAGAUAACACUCCCCGAGCCCAAGCCCUCAGAGAACCAGGUCGUCGUCUCCAUCUCCGCUGCAGCCCUCAACCACCGCGACCUCUUCAUCCGUCAACACCUCUACCCCGGCACAACCUUCGGCGUUCCUCUCCUCGCAGAUGGCGUUGGCGUCGUCACCUCCGCUGGAUCCUCACCCAGCGCCCAACAAUGGCUCAACAAGCGCGUAAUUCUGAACCCAGGCACCGGGUGGAAGGACUCGCUUGACGGACCCGAACACCCCAAGGGCUACGCGAUUCUUGGUGGAACGAAGACGAAUCCCGCGGGGACACUCGCCGAGAAAGUUCUGAUAGAAGCUUCCGAGCUUGAAGAGGCGCCGAAGGGAUUGAGCGAUGCGGAAGCAGCUGCGCUGCCUCUCACAGGCCUAACGGCAUGGAGAGCGUUCUUCGUAAAGACAGGAAAUGCCAAACCCGGUUACAAUAUUCUGAUCACUGGAAUUGGUGGCGGCGUGGCGUUGAUGACGCUUCUGUUUGCGGUCGCGCAGGGUUGCAAUGUUUAUGUCACAAGUGGAAGUGAGGAAAAGAUUCAAAAAGCGAAAGCGCUGGGAGCUGCUGGCGGCGUGAAUUAUAAAGAACAGGGCUGGGAGAAGAAGCUGCAAGGACUAUUGCCCCAGAACAGAAAAUACCUCGAUGCUAUCGUUGACGGCGCCGGUGGCGACGUGGUAUCGAAGGGCAUGAAGUUGUUAAAGGCCGGUGGCGUAAUCUCUGUCUACGGAAUGACUAUAUCACCAAAGAUGGACUUCCUUAUGGGUGCUGUGCUACGCAACAUUGAAGUCAAGGGCUCGACAAUGGGGUCGCGAAAGGAAUUCGCCGAGAUGGUCGAUUUUGUGAACAAGAAGAACCUCAAACCUGUGGUAUCGAGGGUGGUCAAUGGUCUUGACCUCGCAGCCAUCGAUACUUUAUUCGAUGAUAUGAAGAACGCCAGCCAAUUCGGCAAACUGGUCGUCCAGAUUGACAACGGCUCCUCAUCGAGUAAGUUGUAGGAGGCCAAGAUAGAUAGUAAAUGUAUGAACAUGAUAUGACAGUCAACAAUAUAAGUUACUUUUUUGGUU